UUCAACUCUCAAGCAUCACACGGUGCUUGAGAGAGAGAUUAACUCUUUUUGUGUGAAAAAAAAAACACAAAAUGGCGGGUGAUGAUGAUCCAAAAUCAUCCGGUCUUGAAGACAAAGACGAUGGAGAUCCUUACGAUGAACGCUUUUCAGAAGAGGAACUCCAAAACCUUAUGUCUAACCAAAAUCCAAAUCUAAUGGACUUUGCCUUCACCGAUAAUCCACUUCCUCCUCCUCCUCCUCCUCCUCAUCCGGUUACUAUAGCCACCACGGAUAUAAUAGAAACCGGGAUGUUGAAUCAACUCUCACUUACAAUCCCUAACUCUGAUGAUGGCACAGACGAUUUUCUUGUUACAUCUUUUGACGAUGAUAUCGACCUCUCUUGGGACUUGUCCGAUAUACCACCUGAGUUUCUCUACGACAACGUGGACAGUAAUACCCUAGGAGAGAUUGGUACUAAUCAUAAUAAUGGUGAUAACAAUGGUUGUGGAACUGGUAGACUUGAAGUGAGUACUCGAGUUUUUGUUGAAAACGGUCCGAACCUUGAACCCGGUGGUGGUUCAUCAGCGUCUGUCGCGCCGAUUACACCGUCAGUAUCCAACGGCAUACUCGUGUGCACUUGUUGCAACCUUCUUCGAACAUUACUACAUAGCAAUGGUCAGGAGAUGAUGAGACUUGAUUUUCAUGGAGGGAUAGGCUACUUCUGCCAUGCGAUUCUCGAGAUUCACCGGCUUGAUGGUUCUACCGAACCGCAAUAUCAAACCAUUGAUUUGAAGUUUUUAUCUAUGGAGGAUGUGAAGAGGUUUUUAGAAGAGUAUCUCGCGGCGCGAGCAGCAUGCGGUUUUAGAGUUGUGCAAGACACUAAUGCUGAUUUCUACCAAGCAAUGAAUACUAGCUUCCCCGAUAAUCCGUCGCCUUUGUCAACGUUGCCACCGGUCGAUGAUGUUCCAAUGCCUCAGGCUAUAGUGCCUGAUCCAGCCCUUAACGUUCCGUCUGUGCCACUGUACGUUGGAUUGAGAGAUGAACCUCCGGUGUCGAAAGGAAAGAAAAGGAAACAAACCGCUCUCGCUAUACAGAGAGAACGGACUGGAAAACUAAAACUGAAAGACAUAAGCAUGCAUUUCCAUCUUCCGAUUCAAGAAGCUGCAAGACGGAUGAGUCUAUGUCCGACAGUGGUUAAGAAGAUAUGUCGCCGAGGAGGGCUGUAUCGAUGGCCCCAUCGCAAGAUCAAGAGUCUUCUGAGGAAAAUCUCAUCAUUGAAGAGCAUGUUAGAGACGACAAAGGAUGCACAAGCAAGGGCCCGUGUCGAAUCAGAGAUUGAAAGACUUGAAAAGCAGAUAAGUGAGAUAUGCAGUGAAGCACUUAAAAACGCUUAA